AUGCCGCCGUCACGAAUGCUGAGGAGGCUCGACGCGGACAGAAGGGCAACUCUUGCCGCUAGAUACGGUGUCAGACGGCGUGCCGCUGUGUCCGGUGCCAACCGGCGCGUCAAAGCCAAGCCGUCCGGCGCGGCCGCUGCGCCGGCUGGCCGCCCCGCGACCGGCGCUACGCCUGGGAUACCCCAUUCAUCCACCCCGAAUAAUGACAAGAUAGCAUGUCCCAUCUCGGUGACAUCCGAGCCAGAGCCCGGCCAGCAGACGUUGAGCCAGUCGUCUGCGCAAAACGCCGCCGCGGCGGUGUACUUUGACGCCGACGACUUCAGUGACGAUGAUGAUCUCAGCUUCCAGCUAGCAUCACCAGCACAGAGGAAGAAGCAAACCUCCACGCCGAAGACUACGAGAGCACCGCGACCAAAGGGGCCCAAAGGCAAUGCUAGAGUGUGCUUCAGGCAUGAGAAGCAGUGGCAAGAAGAACGCGACGGGUGGCUUGGCCAUGCAACUAGAGAGAUCAGCUUUUGGGACAUGUUGACGCCGGCACACAUUGACACACUUCUUUCCUUCACGGAAACCUGCGAACGGCUAACCAAGUUUUCCUUUACCCUUCACGACGUCGACAGCGGCGCCACCAACUCGGCCGAGAAAUUGACAGACGAUGACAUCGUCAAGAUCGCCCAAGCCUGUCCCAAACUCAAAACAUUCAAUCUACCAGGCGCCUCGGGCCUCACGGAGAAGUCGUUCCUCGCGCUAUGCGAGCAUUGCCCUGAUCUCACACAUCUACACAUCAGCAAGGCUACACGAUGCGAGGGGAAUACCGGCCACGACAAGGUGUUCGAGGCGUUGACGCAACGUCCGGAGUUAGCACCGAAGCUGAAGGAGCUCCGUAUCGCGGACAGUAACUUUACGAAGAAAGUGCUGCGGUGA